UCGAGAGGUCAUCGCAGUGUGUGCUAAGACCGGAACCAUCAUCCGGAUAAGACAGCUCAACACAUCAGCAAAUGCGCUGAGGGCCGAACGGCAGCGGCAGAGAGCAACGCAUACCCGGAGCUCUUCUGAAAUUCAUUCCAGGUCGAAUUAAGAGAAAAGAAACCGCGGCUGUGUAAUGGAGCCGAGCACGGAAAAGAGAAAUGAAAUGCCGUCGUGGAUGGACAACAAAUUCAUCGAAGAGGCUUUCCUCAAAGCGGGCAACGAAGUGGACUCGGAUACUGCACGUAUCGAGUACGCGUGCAAGUACGGAGGCGGCUUAAUGAGCGAGACUUUCCGCCUGCGGGCGAAGCUUCGAGGGCAGAGUGCAGGAGAACGGUCGCUGGUGGUGAAGAGCGCGCUGCGGUCGGAGGGCGCGAUGAAGGACCUGGGCAGUUCGGACGUGUUCUCGCGGGAGCGCGCCGUCUACUGCGACGUGCUUCCCGCGCUGGCGGCCGAGGGCGGUGGCGGGGGCAGCGACCUGUCGGCGGCCGGCUUCUGGGAGCCGCAGGCGGCGCCGCUGGACCGCGCGCAGUGCGCCGCCGCGCUGACCGCGGCCGCCCGCCUGCACGCCGCCAGCGUGCCGCAGCUGCCGCGGCCCCCGCUCGACGGCCCGCUCUUCCGGCAGUCGCUCACCUUCGCCGACGAGAACGCCGCCGCCGUCGGCGGCCUGGUGCAGUCGUCCCUGCUGCGCAUGGGGGAGGUGCUCGCGGAAUACCCGUGGUUUCACCCGUACGACCAACGCUUCCAGAAGCUAGCGCGCGAGCUGUACCCGCGAGCGGCGCGGGCAGUCAAGGAAUGCUCCGGUGGUCUGCGCGUCCUGCUGCACGGCGACCUCAAGAGGAACAACAUCAUGUUCCGCACCGCAGCGGGAGAGCUCCAAGUCCGUCUCUACGACUUCCAGUGCGCACACGUGGGGUGCCCCGCGGAGGACGUGGUGUACCUGCUGUAUAGCAGCGCCAGCCUGGAGGUGCUGCAGCACCACGUGGACGAGCUGGUGGCCGGCUACCACUCCAGUCUGCAGGCAGCCCUGCGGGCCCUGGGGCUGCACCAGGCGGCCGACGACUUCCCCCUGCACCAGCUCACCAGCGACAUGGAGCGCAUGGCCCCGGUGAAGCUGUUCUGCACCUUCCAGAGCAUGCCCUUGCUCAUCAGCCAGCACUGCAUAGACUUUGAUCCCAACGUUGCGCUCGCAGAUAACAACGACGGAAACGUGAAGAGAUUCAUUCGCCAGUGUAUCACUAAUCCGACUUUCUUAUGCACUGUGCAGUACCUGAUACCUGUUUUUGAGGAAAGAGGUUGGAUAUAGACUGCUUUGUAUUGGCCAUUGCUUGCUGCUGAUGCGUGUGGUAAAUAAACGCUAAGACAAAAAAAAAUUAUUCCCUACUAAGGAACUACCCGAAUGGGAGUGAAAUCGGUAGCUGUGGUGUACUGUACAGAAAAAAAUUAGUAAAACUUCAGUAAAAUUGGGUGAUUUGUUAAUUGUAUGAUUUAUUCAAGAGAGAAGGCGUCACAAAUUCAGUAAGCCAAUAAUGUGUUGGACAACCUGUGCCUUUAUACAAGCAGUUAUUUGGCUUGGCAUUGAUUGACUGAGUUGGUGGAUGUCCUGCUAAGGGAUAUCAUGCCAAAUUCUGUCCAACUGCCGCGUAAGACUGUCAAAGUCCCGAGUUGGUUGGAGGGCCCUGACCAUAAUUAUCCAAACGUUCUCAA